AUAUAAACAAAAUUAAUGCUUGAAAAAUUAUAAACAUUUUAAAAAGAAUAAAUGUGAGUAUAAAAGUUAUGUAUGUUUAUUUAUGUAAAAAUAAUGAGAAUAUUCUUUCUUUUGAUUUCUUGUAAUUUCAGUUAGUUAUACAACAGCUCAUAAAAAGAUGGUGUGAUAGUAGUAUACAGAAAAAAACUGGCUCAUCGUGUUACUAUAAUAUGGUACAGAAGCUAAGUGCCUAAUGAAGCCAAAAGACUACAAAAGUAUUUUAUGUACAAUUGUUGGACAAUGCAUACAAAAUGGUGUGUUGAGCUCAUUUAGUAAUACAAACACCCCUGAUGGAAUACGAUUGAGCGGAGAAAUAUCUGAUAAAACUGGGACUAUUAGAAUAGUUGCAUUUGGCGAAGAAGCCAUUAAAAAUGUCGAAUUUUUUCAAAAGGGAAAUAUUGUUGCCAUAACACAGCCAGUUGUAUUAGAUGCUAAUAAUAUAUUUAACACGACCAAACACAAAUAUGUAUUGAAGAUUGGUCCAAAUACAAUUGUAAAAAUGAAUGAAGAAAUGGAUGCCUUCAUUUGGGCACAUCAAGAGACGAUAAAAUUAGAUGAAUUGAAGAAUCUUAACGAAGGGGCUAAAGUUGAUGUAAUUGGAAUUUGUAGUCAAAGUAAUGAUUUGAGAAGAGUGUACUCUCAAAAAAAAAACAAAGAGUAUGAUUUACGAGAAAUACGUUUAAUAGAUGAAACAAAUACAGAGGUGAUGGUUACAUUAUGGGAAGAAAAUGCCAAGUUAUGCAAAGAUAUUUUAGGAAAAACAGUGUAUUUGUCCAACAGUAAAAUAAAAUGGUUCAAAGGUGAAUUACAACUAAGUACUCAACCAAAUACACAGAUAAUUAUAGAUCCUAUUUGGAACGAUGAGCUUAGAAAAUGGUACUUCGAGAAAACUCAAGAAAACAUAGCGCUAACAUUAUUGAACGAAGAAUCAUAUUCUGCGGCUGUUUUAGUGAAUGAUGAACAUGCAAUGUACAAAGAAAUUAAGGAAAAUAACAAAAAUGAAAGGAAAAGAUGCUUUGAAACUUUGAAGGAAUUAAAUAAGGAUGAACAACUUAUAAGUAACAAAAGGAAAGAUAUACUUAAGAAGCUAAAAGAUCUAGAAAAAAUUGAGACUGUUGUUAACAAGAAUAUUGAAAAUAUGAAAUAAAACUCGCGAUCAAUAUUUACAUUUUUUUAAUUAAUCAUCUAUGUAUGAUCUACAGUAUAAAAAUCAUUUAAUUUUUACUUCAUC